UUUGCUGCCUUUGGCAACGACGUAACGUUAUAAAGAAUUAAAUCAGAUGCAGGAAGGGGCUGUGCUGCAGUGUAUUUUUUGGCACCUGUUGAGUGUUUGGAUUUAAACUAACUCCGUUCACUGAUAGGAGGUGUUGUGUAAUGUACAGUUAACUUCAGGGCUGGGUGGGGCUGGGCUACGUGUCCAGACAGUCAGUAGAAAAGAGCAAGGGCGUGAAGUAACAGGUAAAAAAGGUGACUUGGUUUUGGAGGCAAUGAAGGGCAAUCUUGAAUUUUUUACCUGAGUACAUUCACUGAACACGCUCAGUCUGACUACCUGUUGGGUUUAGAACUUCAAGAUAAGAAUCAUCCAGUCUUCCCAGGGUUUUCACCCCCAAAAACAUCCAAAAUGAGCGACAACCCCGUCAAGCAGGAGGUCCAGAACUUCGACAAGAAGUGUCUAAAGAAGACGAACACGGCGGAGAAGAACACCCUUCCGACCCAGGAGGACAUUGAGCAAGAGAAGAGGGCUGCAGAGGCCACGAAAUGAAACCCACCCUCCACGGCUCCUCGCAUCCCUUUCUCCCCCCCCCCCUUUUUCUCUACCCUCCUCCAUUUUAAGAGAAUUUCACUUGAUCACCACCUUUACCUUCUGCAUUUCCGAACCCCAUGUUUAAAUCUUAUCGCAGUCUCCCGCGACGCCGCGGUCGAGGAGGCGACCCACCAGAGGGGCCGACGAGAGCAGUUGUAAAGCCAUGUAUAAUUGCAGCUACGGAUAUCAUGAAACUUUUUAUCUUAAAUCCUUGAGAGUGGAGAAAGAUGACAUGGGGGCAGUCGAGCAGUCGAGCACAGCGCAGUGUGUGUCUCUCGCCACCAACAGAUUAACUGCCGACUACGCCCAUGUCAGUCUCUGUAUCGGGUACCAUUCUGGAUGAGUUAUUCUAUAAAUGACAUGUAAAAUGAUAUUUUUGUUUAAAAAAAAAAAAUAAACAAGGUUUUAAAACACA